AUGGAGUUCACGUUGCUUUGCAACCUCGGUGGCCCUCGCAAUGCUAACGUUUCUUUACGUCUUCGGUUGCUGCAUGUGUGGCCGGCGAAGUCUCCGGGAGAUAUUAGGAUUUACAAUUACUGCACUCUUUGCACCGAUGAAACGGGGACGCUGAUUCACGGUGUUUCGCCGACUUCAAUGGCUGCUGGGAUUCGUCGUAACCUUUAUGUUGGGAAGAUUUAUGUUGCCUGUAAUCUUCCUGCUGAGAGUUUUCCCGUUGAUGCGUAUGAGUUUGUGUCUUUCUCCCAGUUGAGUUCGCGUGCUGGUAAUCACCGUUUCUUGACAGAUGUCGUUGGUCGACUCCAUUCGAUCAGUGGGAUAUCGCAUAAAAUCACUAAUAAUGGUCCUGCAGUCAAGCAGACGGUUAUUAUCGAGGAUGAAAGUGGAGCCAAGAUUACUAUUACACUCUGGGAUGAGUUUUCUGCGGUGCUGGACCAUGUUGCACUUACUCAGGCUGACUCAAUUGAGGCUGUGAUUCUCGCUUUCGGUGGUUUGCUUGUUAAUAAGUUGGGAGAUGAUUAUAUUCUCUCGAGUUUCGCUGGUACACGUAUAGCAGUCAAUCCUCCUGUACCAAAGGCUUACUAUCUUGCAUCUAGGUUUGCUGAAAAGCAUAAAGUUGUUGAGUCCUUGCCAGUGGAAUUUGCCUCUGUUGCUGAUGCUGCUGAUGCAGACCGGCGUACCAAGACUCUGGACCAGUUGCUGAGCUUGUCUCGAACGAGUUCCUCUCUGGAAGAGAAGUAUCGUUGUGGUGGAGUGAUCGUUGAUAUCGAGUCUGGUGCUCCUUGGUAUUACAUUUCGUGCAAGCUAUGUUUGCGAGCAGUUUCAAAGCGCCGAGACAAUACGUUUUGGUGUCCAAAAGACUGGCAGCUAGAAGAGGAGCAGACUCGGGUCAAUUAUAAGCUCCAACUUACUUUGAGGGAUGACUUUUGCGAGGCCCGGUUCAUUUUGAUGGGUGGCUGUGCCCAUUCGUUGGUUAACGUUUCUGCUGCACAUUUGGCCCAGCGAUUUCCUCAUCGUCCUGGUCAGUUGCCGCCGCAGUUGCAUCAAUUGCGAGGACAGUAUGUCAAGUUUGAUUGUAAGUUACCAUUUCCUGGUCCUACUGGCUUCUCUUCGGGUGAGUUUCGUGUAACUCAGGUUGUCCCGCUUGAUGAUCCUACGGUGGUUGGCGAUUUUCUCAAGUUUUCUUCGCCAUCCCCAUUACGUGGUUCUGUUACUGCUGUUCCGACUUUGACCAUGGGUGCAGCAAGUGUCGCGGGUGGUUCUUCGGGUUCAUCUAGGGUUGCCAAGGGAAAGGAAAAGGUUUCAGGUCCUUUACUCACUGAGGUUUCAGCAGCUCCGUUUAGCAUCACUGAAGGGCCAUAUGAGGCUGACAGUCCGAUAGCCGAGGAUUUACAUAUUCCUUCUCAUGCAAGUCUCGAAAGCAAGGGUAUUGUUGUCGGCCCCAGGAGUCUCGGGGGAUCUCAUCCUUCGGGGAUUAGUGUACAGGCUGGCUCUAGCCCAGCAGUUGCGCAUGUACCCGUUCCUUCUAUGGCCCAGUCCUCUACACCACCUGGCAGGUCUGCUUUUCCGCCGAUUGCUAAGCGCACAACUGGAAUCGAUGAGUCUGCCAGCCUUGAGGAUGUUAGUCGUGGUCCGUUGAUACCUGCUGCAAAGAUUCUGAAGCCAUCCCCUGAGUCAUCUCCUGGGAAGACCUCUGGUUUAGCCUCUGGCUCUUCGCCUGCGUCAUUGUUGGCUUCUCCACUCGCCAAGAUAAAGGUGGAGAAGUUGGGCGAUGCUGAGACUCCUCCUCUGCCACACGGCGGUGGCUCACAGGCAGGUGCUGAGAUGGAAGAGGAUUCCCCAGUUGACAUUCAGAAGAACCCAGCUGCAAAACGUCCUCUGUUCAAGAGCGAUGCCUCCCAAGAAAAAAAAGACUCAGUAUCAAACUCUGGCACAAUCUUCAAGACCAAGGAAAUCGCGCUACCAGACUUUGAAACAGUUGGCCUCUAA